GCUCAAUUACUGAAAUUAUGCGUUAAAAUUUUAUUAAAUAAGCUCGUUUGGGCCUGAAAAAGUUAAAAGCUUCGCGAGAAUUAUAGUCACUAUGAGACAAUGAAUUAAAGUAAACGUCAUAUUGAUAAGAACCAGAUAAGAAUUUCCCCUGAUUGUAUCGUAACAGGCAUGAUUUUAUAAAAUGUUUAAAACAAUAUGAGUAAGACGUUUAUGUUUCGAUGUCUGUAAUUUCAGGAAAAAAUGUUAGAUAUAAAAAAAGUAUUACUUUGGUGAUUGUAAUUAUAUGAGCAGUGUUAAAAGUGCGUGUUCUGUGCUGUUAAAUUAAAAGAUUAGAAAAUGUCAAAUGUCAAGAUCACUGCAGUAGGAGAUGGAAUAGUUGGCAAAACCUGUCUCUUCUGUACUUACACUUCAGGGGAAUUUCCAGAAGAAUAUGUACCAACAGUGUAAAUUUGAGCAGUAUGUACAACCAAUUACGGUGGAUGGAACUGUUCAUAACAUGACACUCUGGGAUACAGCAGGUCAAGAAGAUUACGAGAGACUUAGACCUCUUUCGUAUCCUAAAACAAAUUGUUUCCUGGUUUGUUUUUCGGUGGAUAAAAACUUUGCAGCGUAUGAUAAUGUGCGGUUAAAAUGGGUCCCAGAAGUACGACAUUUCUGUCCACAAGUUCCAAUAAUUUUAGUAGCUACCAAGACGGAUUUGAGAGAUGACCCAAGUAUUAAAUGUUAUACGCCAGAAGACGGAAAGCGUUUAAAAAGGAAAGUCAAAGCGCAAAGCUAUCGAGAAUGUUCAGCUCUGAGAAAUGAAGGUUUAGAAGAAAUUUUUACAGAAGCAAUAAAGGUCGUUCAAAAACAUAAAGUUAAAAAACAACCACACCAGUGCACCAUAUUGUAGAACUAUUGUAUUUCCAUAUAUCGUUACCUCUAUAUACUCAAAAAAAAGUCAUAUUGUGAACUUUUACCGUUGCAUGUUUCUUAUUUAAUCUAUUUCGGACAUCUAAAAAAUAAAUAAUAGCCCUGUCUCGUCCAAUUUGUCAAAUAAUCUUUACUUUUUCAUAAAAUCUUAACAUUCAAAUUUUUAAACAAAAAUCCCUCGUAUGAUUAGAUUAUGUUUUAAAAUCAAGUACCAAUGUGUUUUAUAUAAAAGUAGUAAUACUUUACAUAGCCAACGUGCAACCAAAGAAAAAAAUAGACAUUUAAAUAUUUGUCUUCUAGAUAUUAAUGAUUUAUAUGUAAUUUGAUAAUUUAUAUAAGAAGUAAUAUUUAUUUUCUUAAUUAAUAGGAAUGUAUUUGAUAUAUUGAACGUGGGAGCAGCCACUACUCAGUUGGCAUUGUAUUAUAAUAAAGAUAUUAACUA